UGGCGGGUGCUGCGGCCUGCCUCACUUCCGGUUGUCGCCGGGCCCUAUAUCCGGUGUCCGCCCGCCCUCCAUCCCGCUUCCUCCGCGAUGCUGUCCCGGUCUCGCUGCGUGUCCCGGGCGUUCAGCCGCUCGCUUUCUGCCUUCCAGAAGGGGAACUGCCCUCUAGGGAGACGUUCCCUGCCUGGAGUCUCCUUAUGUCAGGGACCAGGUUACCCUGACAGCAGGAAGAUGGUCAUUAACAACAGUAGUGUCUUCAGUGUUCGCUUCUUCCAAACCACAGCUGUGUGCAAGAAUGAUGUGAUUACAGUCCAAACCCCAGCAUUUGCAGAGUCAGUUACAGAGGGAGAUGUCAGGUGGGAGAAAGCUGUUGGAGAUACAGUUGCAGAAGAUGAAGUGGUUUGUGAGAUUGAAACUGACAAGACUUCUGUGCAGGUUCCAUCACCAGCAAAUGGCGUCAUUGAAGCUCUUUUGGUACCUGAUGGGGGCAAAGUUGAAGGAGGAACUCCUCUUUUCACACUCAGGAAAACUGGUGGUAAAGAAGCUGCUCCUGCUAAGGCCAAACCAUUGGAAGCUCCUGCUGCAGCCCCAAAAGCAGAGCCGGAAGCGCCGGCAGUCCCUCCUCCCCCUGUAACAGCCAUACCCUCUCAGAUGCCACCAGUGCCCUCACCCUCACAAGUUCCGUCUAGCAAACCAGUUUCUGCAAUAAAACCCACUGCUGCCCCUCCACUGGCUGAGCCAGGAGCUGCCAAAGGUGUGCGUUCAGAACAUCGGGAAAAAAUGAACAGGAUGCGGCAGCGCAUUGCUCAGCGUCUGAAGGAAGCCCAGAAUACAUGUGCAAUGCUGACUACUUUUAAUGAGGUCGACAUGAGUAACAUCCAAGAGAUGAGAGCUCGGCACAAAGAUGCUUUCCUGAAGAAACAUAACCUCAAACUAGGCUUCAUGUCAGCGUUUGUGAAGGCCUCCGCCUUCGCCUUACAGGAGCAGCCUGUUGUAAAUGCAGUGAUUGAUGAUGCAACCAAAGAAGUGGUGUACAGAGAUUAUAUUGACAUCAGUGUUGCAGUUGCUACCCCAAGGGGUCUCGUGGUUCCUGUCAUCAGGAAUGUGGAAACAAUGAAUUAUGCAGACAUUGAGCGGACCAUCAGUGAACUAGGAGAGAAGGCCCGAAAGAACGAACUUGCCAUUGAAGAUAUGGACGGUGGUACUUUCACCAUUAGCAAUGGAGGAGUUUUUGGGUCACUUUUCGGAACACCCAUUAUCAACCCCCCUCAGUCUGCCAUUCUGGGCAUGCAUGGCAUCUUUGACAGGCCUGUGGCUGUGGGAGGCAAGGUGGAAGUCCGACCUAUGAUGUAUAUAGCCCUGACUUAUGACCACCGGCUGAUUGAUGGCAGAGAGGCUGUGACUUUCCUCCGAAAAAUCAAGGCAGCCGUAGAAGAUCCGAGAGUCCUCCUCCUAGAUCUUUAGGAGGAAGUCACACCCCCUACCUAUUGAUCAUGCAAGAACUGAAAACCAGUCUUCUCCCUGUCCCCUCACCAGUCCCAGGUUAGCCGGAUGACAGGCAGGCACAUACUGUUGGCCUCAAGCAAGGAAGCCAGGGCACUAUGUAACCAACUUUCCCAGGUCUCAGUGUCCCUUGUAGGCUCUUUCUCUCUCUGUGCAGCACUCUCUUGCCUUCUGAGACCUUGGGCCUGAGAGAGAGAGAGAGAGAGUGAGAGCCUCAAUGGAUGCUCAUUAAUAUUCCUGCCUUUCUUCCAGCCCUCUGCAAAGACAAUUUUGCUUCUCCCCGGUAACAGUAUACCACAGGGUUACCACCAGGGACCAUGUGAUUGAGUUCUGUCUUUGGAAAGUGUUCUCCAGAGAUGCCCUGGGGGUGCUUUGCCUCGCAGGCUCAAAGCCUCUGUCCCAGCUGUGCACUUUCUCACGCGAUGCCACCUGUGUGGAGGGACUGGACACAGGCAAAGAGGCCCUGCUCUGCUUCUUAAAUGCACCACCAUUCUGAGCUGUCAGCGGCUUCAUGGUGCCUCUCUACCUCUUCCAGGAAGCACAGUCCAGGGGCUUGGGGACUGGCAGGAUGGUGCAGAGUCCCCUGAGAUUACUGUUCAAUCACAGAUAGGAGUAGAACCCUGGCUUGCCCUCGCCGGCUCCUUUGUAAGCUCACUAGGAAGAUUCAUUUUUGCAUAACACAACUGUGGUCAUACCAACCCUUCCCAGGGUUCUAAGAAUUGUUCUCACUUGGAGCCUAGUUUAGCACAUCAUGGAAGGUGGGACAGGGCCUGGCGAAGGGACAGAUCAGGUUAGCAAGAGCUCUUAAAUUCAAGAUGGUCUCAGCAUGUGAUGGUAAGGGGUUCUCUCCCUUCCUGGGUGUGGCCUGUGGGAGCAAGGUCUUGGUGCCUCUGGCAGGACACAGACACGGGAGGAUAGGCUGGGGUGGGAACCAGCCUCAGGAGUUAUUACAUAGUGAUGAAAUGGAUGAUGUCAUCUCUGAGGUACUGCCCGUUGGGGACAGGCACAAUCAUUGGAAUUUCUUGAAGCAUGAUAAAAGCAAGUAACUAGAUAUGAAAGCUCCUAGGCCUUGUAUCCAGCUGCACUGAGGCCUGAGACAGCUGACAAUUGACACGGGGCCAUUAGUGCUAAAUGCCCUUUUUUCUUGUAAUCCAGGACAAGCUUGGGGGAGGGGGAAAGGCCAGUAUUGAGUGCCUGCAGCAUCUGCUACUACAUCUUCACCAUUCAGAACUUGUAACUAAAAUAUUUAAAGAGACCGAUCUUGAAUGAAAAUUAAAGGGCAAAUGUUCUCAA